UGCGCCUCCUCACUCGUACAAGCGAUUUGUAGAGAGAGAGGGAGGGAGAGAGAGAUUAAUUAUUAAUUAAUAGGUCGUUAAUUAAUAAUUAAUCAUGAGUUAUUGCGAUGGAAAAUGGACGCCGGUAAUCAUGAUGAUAGUGAUUAACUCGGCAGUCGGCUCUGUUAACUCGAUGGUUAAGAAAGUCCUCGAUGGUGGUAUUAACCAUAUGGUCAUCGCUACGUAUCGUCUCGCUAUCUCCACCGUGUUCUUGAUGCCAAUCGCCUAUCUCUGGGAACGGAAAACAAGGCCAAAGCUUACGUUCAGCAUCUUAUGCCAGCUUUUCUUCAGUGCUCUUCUAGGGGCAAGUUUGACGCAGUAUUUCUUCUUGCUCGGCCUCUCGUACACCUCAGCCACGUUAGCAUGUGCUUUCAUGAGCAUGAUGCCCGCAGUUACCUUCAUUAUGGCUCUAAUAUUCAGGAUUGAAAAGCUGAAUAUGAGAAGCAAAGCAGGGUUGGCAAUGAUGGUGGGCACUUUGGCAUGUAUUGGGGGAGCUUUGUUCCUAACGAUGUACAAGGGUGUCCCGUUAACCGGCCGUCACAGAAAUGCGAGCUCGUCAUUAGAGAACAGCCAUAGACCCGAGGAUCACACGAUGAAACCCGAGAAUUGGAUCGUCGGAUGCGUGCUUUUAUUCACGGGAAGCAGUUUCUUCGGUUCUUGGAUGCUUAUACAAGCCAAGAUCAACAAGAAAUACCCGUGCCAGUAUUCAAGCACCGUUGUGCUAUCCUUCUUUGGCACGAUCCAAUGCGCUCUUCUCAGUCUAACCAGAUCUAGAGACGUUACAGCUUGGAUCCUCAAAGACAAACUAGAUGUCAUAACCGUUGUUUAUGCAGGAGUGGUCGGACAAGGAAUCUGUACCGUGGGAAUGUCUUGGUGCAUCAAACAGCGAGGACCUAUCUUUACGUCCACAUUUACUCCCGUGACACUUAUAUUCGCAACGUUAUUCGAUUUCUCAAUCCUUCAUCGCGAGAUUUAUCUCGGAAAUGUUUUGGGAUCCGCCGUUGUUCUAUUUGGUCUCUACGUAUUCUUGUGGGGCAAAAUCAAGCAAAUGAACGAGUGUGCGACAAAGUUACCGUGCCAAUUCGAUGAAGCCGAAGGGGAAGAACAAUAUAAGAAAGGCCACCCCGUGGUUGUGCCCAUGACUCCUUGAUUGGGGAUUAUAGUUGUACAAGUUUUCGCAAUCGAAAUCCAGAAGCCUCUUUUCCAUGUAGAAGGAUAUGAACAUAUUUUGAUCAUUUCCCGAACCCACUGAAACAAAGAAUUAAAGAAAGAGUUUACUCUCUCGAUCUAAUUAUGGUUUACUUUGGAUGUAAACCCUCUCUAAUAAUGUUUUAACGAUUAUCCAUUUGUUUUUACCAGUGUUAA